AUGGCGCGGCCAUCCUGUAAGCCGAGCCUUAACCUGGAUUUGUGGAAGAACCGGCCAAGGAGUCCGCCGGCCCCAAAACCAGCUGCUGCGCGCAGUCGAUCGCCCCGGCGGCACUUGGAAGACAAGAGCAAGGAUGGCUCUUGGACAUCUUGGACACAGUGGGCGAAGGAGGAUGACUGGCCUGAGGAGCAAAAGGAAGAAAAUGAAAAGCAGCACUGGGCAGUGGCAGAGUAUGCAGAGCCUGCAGGGUCCAGGUGUAAUCAGUCAGGCGAGUGGUCAAAGCAGUCCUGGAGUUGGUCCGAGUGGUCCGAGUGGUCCGAGUGGUCCAAGAAUGACAGAAAUGACAGAAACGACAGACAUGACAGACAUGACAGAAAUGAUAGAAACGAUAGAAAUGAAAGAGGCUGGGCACGCGCAAGGCCUCAGAAGGAGCAAAAGGAGCUCAAGGAGCUCUACGCGCAAGCGUACAUCUCCGACAUCCCCGUGGAGUUUGAUGCGCAGCACUUGAACAAGAUGCAUUCAGAAUGUGGCAUUCUAGAGGGAGACUUCCCAGUCUCUGUGAAGUUUCUGCCUUCCAAGGACUCCACCGGAGAAACCUGCUCAUGUAUUGCACGGUACCGCAACAAAGACACCAUGGAGUUGGUGAUCAUGAGGAUGAAUGGCAAGAUUUUAACGACCCGAAGUGGAAAGGUGAAGCGCGCAGGCGUCAGCGCCGCGAAGCCUGCGAGAUGGAUGGUGCAAGCGGGGUUGGCAAAACAGGGAACAGACAGCUGGACCCCGCGAAAAGUGUCGGUUCAGAAUGUCCCGAAGCACUACACAGUGGAAGACGUCCUCAAGCUGCACAAGUCACAAGGCAUCGAUGUGCAGGAGCUGCCAACAGUCUACUUCCACAACCCAAAGAAGGAAGGAAGCGAAACUUGCAGUGUGACCUGCAAGUACGAUGACAUCACUCAUGCCCAGAACGCCAUGCAAAAGAUUGGCGGCCUGCCGGUGACAACUGCCAGCGGCCAGGAACUGCGCCUGGUGCCCGUCCUGGUGGAUCAGAAUGGGUUGGAGGACAAACCCGAGAGCUUCAGGUUUGACGAAGGGGUGGACCUAGAGGGUGUCAUCCAUCACUGGAAUGAGGUGCAGGGCUACGGAUUCAUUCGGCCGGUCCAACCUGGACCCGACCUCUUCGUCCAUCGCAGUGAGAUUCCCCUUCCGGAGGGGCAGCUGCCGCCCCUUUGGUCCAAAGUGCGGUUCCAGGUGAGUUGGGUUCCUGACCGGGGGAAGCAAGAAGCUUGCCGCAUAAGAUUCGUGGAUCCUGAACCGAUGACGUUGGCGUUGAAAGCCGGGGGAGCCGGGGGAGUCGGGGGAGCAUCGGAGCGGCCUCAUUGCUACGAGCAUUACGAGCGGCAUCCAGGCUUGGACUACUUCUGCCAAACCUGGGGUCUGGACUCUGCAACCAGUGCCUGGCUGGAACGCUUGCACCCAGAUGUCCAGCAGGAGCUUAUCAACGAGUAUGACGACUCGACCCGGAUGGACUUUCCAAAUUAUGAGGACUAUAUUGAGAUGGUACCAUCAACGGAGGUUCUCUUAGCGAAUGUGCCGCGUACAUCGGAGUCAGCUCUAACCACGCUUCUGCAGCGCUUCGGGCGGGUUUGCCAAACCCGCUUCCUGCCCUCGGGGAGGGCCGUGGUGACCAUGACCAGCAUUGAGGAGGCGACAAUGGCAGUAGAAGACUUGACCUUCAGAAUACCUGAAGGAUGGAGAAAUCUGUUGGCUUGUUUUCAUCACGAGAGCCCGCCGGUGCCUCCCAGCAAGAUACCAGAGGGUAAGAUGCUCUUCGGUGUUGUCAAGUCGUGGAACCACCUGAUGCAAACUGGCGUGGUUGCGUUGUUUGGUAUAGGCCCCGACCUGGACGUGCACAGCUCAGCACUGUUGGAUAGUUACGAUUUGAUACCCGCUUCUGCGGCGCUUUUCCGCGUUGCAAAGGGACCGGCAAGAAUCUUCGUCAUAGUUGGGUAA